AUGGAGGCAACAGCAGCAUGUAGGCGACAAAGCAGCAAGGAGGGGUCCUAUAAUCAUUUAAGAGAGUUUUACGACAAAGUCGGUGAAAAUGGGAACAAUCUUACAUUUCUGUGCAAACUUUGCCCACCGGCUGUCAAAAAGAAAAUCAGCACAUCAGUCACGUCUUCAGCAAACCUGAAACGGCACAUUGAACUGAAGCACCCGGUUAGCCUUUCAAGGUAUGUGCAAGCAAAUAAAAAAUCAAAAGACAGUCAAGACAGAUCCUCGACCCAAAUCCCAUUAACUGCGUACAGUAACGGCGUUGAUGUCAUCACCCAGCCGCAGCUUGACAACCUGGUGGUGCAGUAUAUUGUCGGAGACUUGCUGCCUUUGAGGAAAGUGGAAAGCCCAGCUUUCAUAAACUUAAUUAAGGGGUUGCAGCCAUCCAAAAAGGUUCCAUCGAGAAAGAAAGUACAAACACUGUUAAACAAGAAAUAUAAAGAAAACAUGUGUGAACUUAAGACUGAACUGUCUGAGAUUGAUGCUGUGUGCACAACAGCAGAUUGCUGGUCUGCUGUGAACAAGGCAUUUAUAGAAAUCACUAUCCACUGGCUAAACAAAACAGAUGUUUCGAAGAGACACUCUGUAGUACUGGCAUGCAGGCAAAUUAAAGGAGCACAUACACAUGAUGUAUUGGCAAAAUUGUUGACAGAUGUCUACAAAGAGUUCGAAAUCCACAACAAGGUUGUGUGUACAGUGACAGACAAUGCUGCUAAUUUUGUCAAGGCAUUCAACUGUUUCAACUUUGAUCAAACUAAAAGUGAAGAUGAGGAUGAACAAGUGUCAGCCUUUGCUGCCGCCAGUGAGAGCUCAGAUGAAUAUGCGAUGGAGCCUGAGCCUCUCUCAGGUCUGGAACAUUCCUCUCUCCCCCCUCACAGACGGUGCAUGGCACACACUUUGAAUCUCGUGGCCAAAGACACUGAAAAAGUUAGUGAUGAACGUUACAGAACAAUGUCGAGGGCAGUCUUUGCCAAAGCAUCUGCACUGUGGAACCUUGUUAGGCUAAGUACAACGGCUUCUGAUGCUGUGGAGGAAAAGCUUGGAAUUGGCUUUGUUGUGACAAAUGAUAUGAGAUGGAAUUCAGUCUUUCUUGCGAUGGAGCGACUGUCUCGCAUAGCAAAACUAACUACGAAGGCAGAAAUGAACGUGGCUGAGGUCACCCCUAAAAAUGAUGCCACCCCCUUACACGAUGAGCUCCUUUUGCACACUGUGAGUGACGAGUUUGGCUUUUGCAGAUUCUCUCCACAGGAAGUCGAAUUCAUUCACAUGUUUGCGGAUGUGAUGAGGCCUUUGGCACUUGCACUAAACAUCCUCCAAGCAGAGAACAAUGUCUUUCUUGGUUACCUGGCUCCAACCAUUGUACAGCUGCAAUGUCACAUGAAUGACCUAUUGUAUGAGAGCAGAAAGCCCACUGCAGUAGAGGGUCUCAUUACAUGCCAACCUCUCAUAAAGACUAUCUUAGAGUCACUGAGCACAAGGCUGGCAGGUCUUCUGGAGAAGAGGGAACAUAUACUCUCCGCUAUGCUGGUGCCAAGGUUCAAGCUAGACUGGGUCCAAGAUGAGGAGAAAUGUAUGCAGUACAGAUUGAUGCUGAGAAGAGAAUUUCAAACCCUCGACUCUGAUGACUCAGCUGCAAGAGAGUCCGGUCAAGCCCAGUCCAGUGGUGGAAGUGACAAGAAAGAUCCUGCUGAGUCAUUCUUCAGAUUUAACAAAAACACUCAGGUUCAUAAAAAAUCUGAAGUGGACGCCUAUCUGGAUGCCCCAACCACAGAUGGGUUUGAUGAAUACAUGCAGUUUUCAAAGCUCAGAAGGCUGUUCAUACAACACAACACUGCCCUGCCCUCAAGUGCUCCAGUAGAGAGGCUUUUCAGCAUCGGUGGUCUAAUAUUCAGACCCAGGAGAAACUGGCUGGCAGAUGCCAACUUUGAGAAGCAGCUGAUCUUGAAUGCCAACAAAAAGUUUUGAAGGAAGCAAACAACUGCAGAUCCACCAGGGAGAGACCACAGUGACCAAUGACAGAAGAUCUUCAUUCAGAUAAGAGAAAAUAACUCUGUCCUUGGCCCCUGCAAACAUUUGUGUAAUUAUUAUUUUAGUUAUGUAUGUGGACUUUAACUAGUGACAGAUAUUCACUUAGUUCAGGUAUUUUCACUCACUGGACAGAAAGUAGAAGCACUGUCUAUAUGGCCUUGGACUCUGACUGAGUCUUUUAAGUCAUUAUUCUUUUAUUUUUUUUAAACUUAAUUAUUGGGCAAACAAUCUAAAAGUGCCUCAAUAAUGUUGCCUUAUGAAGAUCAAAUCUGACACAUAGUUGCAGCGUUAAACAAAUAAAAUAAUAUUUUUUGGA